GCUGCAUAUUCCCUUUUAUAUACACUGCAGCGAAACCAUAAAUUUCCAACGUUGAGUAAGGAAUAAGGUCCAGCCUUUAUGAAGAGCUGAUAGCAAAUAUCUAAAGGCUCGAUUGAUAAGUACUUGCUGCUUUCGAGGAAAAAGAAAAAAUUGUAUCCUUUUAUACAUACAACUAUGGAAUUCCGCAAUGCACAAGAAGGGCAACAACAACAUCAUCCCUACUACCCUCAGACACUCAGAAUUAAUCACUAUAUACCGAAUCGUAUACCCAUGGAGUCGCUUUUGCUCACUGUCGGUUCCGUCAUGGCGCUCCUCAUUAUAACCUCAUUUGUACUUGCAGCAGCACGGAAGAGCAGUAAGACGAACAAGAAUAAGAAAGGCGAAGCCUUGCGGUUCACGUGGUUCGUUCUGUGUAUUUUCUUGCACUGUGGAUUUGAAGCCUAUUGGGUCUACCAUCACAAGACUAUUGCAGGACAAUCUGAUCUGUUGGCCGAACUAUGGAAAGAAUAUGCUCAUGGAGACUCUCGCUACCUUUCCAGCGACCCUGUCUUGCUUGCACUUGAAACGAUCACUGUUUUUGUGUGGGGUCCACUGUGUUGCUUAGCAGCCAGGGCUAUAUGGAUGGAUGAUUCAAAGCAGUAUCUCUGGCAACUACUAGCUUCCAUGGCUCAUUUGUUCAGCACCACUUUAUACUUUGUCAUGGACUUACCCACAGGGUUCGCCAGUUGCAAUCCGCACCCACUAUACUUCUGGGUCUAUUUCGUAUCCUUUAAUUCGCCUUGGUUUAUUGUUCCUGCCAUUCUUCUUGUACAAAGCUUCAAGACCAUUUCAUCCUCCCUGUCAGUUGCAGCGCACGAUAUGGAUGUUAAAAAAUGCUCCUAAAAAGCAUCGACCACCAGCAGCAGCAUAUAGCGGAUAAUAAUAAAUAAAAAAGUUUA